AUGCAGGGAGCGGACUCCGAACAGCCCUUCAAGCGGCCCCGAUGCGAUGGCACCCCAAGAACGCCGCCAAACAUCCGUUCUGCGGCGGCGGAGACGUCCCCGAGCCCCGAACUCCGCCCAAAUCACCAGACCUGGGGCCCGGAGCAGGUGUGCUGCUUCCUAAAGCGCAGUGGCUUCAGUGAUCCCCGACUGCUGGACCGUUUCCGAGAAAAUGAAAUCACAGGUUUAACACUGCUCCAUCUUAAUGAGUCUGAUCUUGAAAGUCUUGGAAUAAGUACCUUGGGGGACAGAAAGAAGCUGCAUAAUUAUAUCCAACAACUGAGUGAAAUUCACGUUGAUUCAAUGAAGGUAAUUAAUGAUCCUGUCCAUGGCCACAUUGAACUCCACCCUCUCCUCAUCCGAAUCAUCGACACACCUCAAUUUCAGCGGCUUCGAUAUAUCAAACAGUUGGGAGGCAGUUACUACAUUUUUCCAGGCGCUUCGCACAAUCGAUUUGAGCACAGUCUGGGUGUAGGGUAUCUAGCAGGAUGUCUGGUUCGUGCACUACGUGAGAAACAACCAGAGCUGCAGAUAAGUGCACGAGAUGUGCUCUGUGUUCAGAUUGCUGGCCUUUGUCAUGAUCUCGGUCAUGGGCCAUUUUCUCAUAUGUUUGAUGGAAGAUUUAUUCCACUUGCUCGCCCAAAUGUGGAAUGGACGCAUGAACAGGGCUCAGUGAUGAUGUUUGAGCACCUAGUUAACUCUAAUGGACUCAAAGAAGUCAUGGAAUACUAUGGUCUCAUCCCUGAAGAAGACAUUUGCUUUAUCAAGGAACAAAUUACAGGACCACUUGAAUCACCAAUCAAAGAUUCUUCGUGGCCAUAUAAAGGGCGUCCUAAAGAGAAAAGCUUCCUUUAUGAGAUAGUGGCCAAUAAAAGAAAUGGCAUCGAUGUGGACAAAUGGGAUUAUUUUGCCAGGGACUGCCAUCAUCUUGGAAUCCAAAAUAAUUUUGAUUACCAGCGCUUUAUUAAAUUUGCCCGUGUCUGUGAAGUAGAUAAUAGGAAGCGUAUUUGUACUAGAGAUAAGGAGGUUGGGAAUCUGUAUGACAUGUUCCAUACUCGCAACUCUUUGCACCGCAGAGCUUAUCAACACAAAGUUGGCAACAUCAUUGAUACGAUGAUUACAGAUGCUUUCCUCAAAGCAGACCCCUACAUAGAGAUUACAGGUGCUGAAGGAAAAAAGUAUCACAUUUCUACAGCGAUUGAUGACAUGGAAGCCUUCACUAAGCUAACAGAUAACAUUUUUCUGGAGAUUUUAUAUUCUUCUGAUCCAAAACUGGAUGCAGCACGAGAGAUUUUAAGAAAAAUCGAAUACCGUAAUCUAUACAAGUAUGUGGGUGAGACUAAGCCAAAGGGAAAAACAAAAAUUGAAAGGGAAGACUAUAAAUGCCUUCCAGAGGAGAUUGCCAAUGCUAAACCUAGUGACGUAGUGCUGGAAGCUGAACUGAAGGCUGAAGAUUUAAUAGUGGAUGUUAUCAACAUGGAUUAUGGAAUGGAAGACAAGAAUCCUAUUGACCAUGUUCGCUUCUAUUGUAAGAGUGACCUCAGCAAAGCAGUCAUGAUAACUAAAGAUCAGGUUUCAGAGCUUUUGCCAGAGAGAUUUGCAGAGCAGCUAAUUCGCGUAUACUGCAAGAAGACCGAUGCAAAGACCUUGUUUGCUGCACAACAACAUUUUGUUCAAUGGUGCUUAAUCAGAGACUUCACCAAGCCUCAGGAUGGUGACGUUGUAGCCCCUCUUAUAACACCUCGAAAAAUGGAGUGGAAUAACGCGAAUUCAGCCCAGAGCCCAGAUCACUUCCAGAAAGUGUCCAGAUCUAGACAGUGGCUUUUUCCGGAUGACUCAGUGUAAAUGUUUGCAACCAGUUGUUUACAUAAAGCCUUCUUCCUUGUCCCCCAGCAAUAUUAACUAAUGUAGGGAAUUUGGUCGUGGAGUUCUACAAGUUUAGUGAUAACUAGUGCUUUUUAUAUUUUGAAUGUACACACAUGC